UGGGCACCCCACCACCAGAGGCCCACCAUGGGCCAGUGCUGGCAGCCCUGGUCUUGUUUGAAAAUGAAUACGGCUCCUUAACUGGGCCAGCCACCAAAUUAGAGCCCUUGCAUAGAGUAUCAUCUUGAGUAUGACCCUGACAUCAGCACUCGUUCCUGUCUCUUUUUGUCCCUUGCCUGGAAGGCACACACAGACAUGUCUCACCGUAAAUUCCACGCGCCCCGCCAUGGGCACUUGGGCUUUCUGCCCUGCAAGCGCAGCAAGAAGCACCGGGGGAAGCCCCGCAGCUGGCCCCAGGACGAUCCCAGCCAGCCCGUCCACCUCACCGCCUUCAUGGGCUACAAGGCCGGCAUGACACACAUCCUGCGCGAGGUGCACCGCACUGGCCUGAAGCAAGCCAAACGUGAGUCGGUGGAGGCAGUCACUAUCAUCGAGACUCCGCCUGUGAUGGUGGUGGGGGUUGUUGGAUACAUCAACACAGUCCGUGGCUUGAGGUCCUUCAAGACCAUCUUCGCCGAGCACCUCAGUGACGAGUGCAAGCGCAGAUUCUACAAAAGCUGGUACAAGAGCAAGAAGAAGGCAUUCACCAAGUAUGCCAAGAAGUGGACAGACGAGAGUGGCAAGAAGCAGCUGGAGAAGGACUUUAAUAACAUGAAGAAAUACUGCACAUCCAUCCGAGUCCUCAUCCACUCUCAGAUUCGCCUGCUGCCCCUCAAAGCUAAGAAGGCCCACAUCAUGGAGGUGCAGUUAAACGGCGGCACCAUCUCCGAGAAGGUGGACUGGGUCAAGGAGAAGCUGGAGCAGCCCGUCCCUGUGUCCUCAGUCUUCUAUCAGGACGAGAUGAUAGACGUCAUCGGGGUCACCAAAGGUCACGGGAUGAAAGGUGUGACCAGUCGUUGGGGAGUGAAGAAGCUGCCCAGGAAGACUCACAAGGGCCUGCGUAAGGUGGCCUGCAUCGGAGCCUGGCACCCUUCCCGUGUGGGCUACACCAUCGCCCGGGCCGGCCAGAAGGGCUACCACCACCGCACAGAGCUCAACAAGAAGAUCUACCGUAUUGGCAAAGGGGUCCAUGUCCAGGAUGGCAAAGUGAUCAAGAACAACGCCUCCACUAACUACGACACCACCCAGAAGACUAUCACCCCCAUGGGAGGGUUCCCCCACUAUGGUGACGUGAAAAAUGACUUCUUGAUGCUGAAGGGCUGUGUGAUUGGCUGCAAGAAACGUGUCCUCACCCUGAGAAAGUCCAUGCUGGUGCACACAUCACGCAAGUCCAAGGAGACCAUCGACCUCAAGUUCAUUGACACCACUUCCAAGUUUGGCUAUGGCCACUUCCAGACCGCCCAGGAGAAGAGGGCCUUCAUGGGCCCACUGAAGAAGGACGUGCAGAAGAAACUGGCCGCCGAACCAUUGCCAGAGGAGGCUUAGAAGUGAUGGUGGUCCACCGUUCAAACCAGCUCAACAGAAAAACAAAUUCUUAUAGUAACAGUCUUCUAAUAAAACAGUCUUAUUUAUCCAGGUGGUGUUUGGCUAUUCUGUUCAAAUAAGUUUCCGCUUUAGUUUAGACUUGGCCCAUGUCCCAAAUGUCACUCAUAUAGUCAACUACUUUUGGCCAGGGCCCAAAUGGCAUCCUAUUUCCUAUAUAGAAUGGGGUGCCAUUUGGGACACCAAUUUGGAUAAGUGGCUAAUGGUGGCACAGUGAUGUGGUUAAAAAAAAUUGGUGGGUAAACUGGUCGUAGGGAAAAAGUAACUCUCCCUAUACUUUCAAUGCAUUUCCCCCCAAAAAAUAUGGGUAAACUGAGUUUACUUGUGGCUACCCUCCACUACACCAGUGGUGGCACACAAUCAUUUGUGUGGGACAUGGUUAAAAGCGGAAGUCAAAUUUCGGUUGGACCUUGUAUGCAAUUGACCAAUAAAGAUAUCUUAAUCAUG